UUAAAUAUCCCAAUGAUCAAGAGAUUCAUUGAUUAUCAGUGACAUUAAAUUAACCUUUUAUUUUGAAUUUGCCCUUUCCAAUGUCAACUAAUUGUUGGCUCUUAAAUUACAUACCAUUUAAUUAGUGACAUUAAUUUGUGCCUCUUGUUUAAUCAUUUGUUGAUAAUAUUAACAGUCAAUUGGAUCUCUGCCAUUUUUAAAUUGUUUGAAUUGAGUUUACAAUCAAAAGCUAUUUUAAAACAAAAGUAACUCAUCUUGGUGACAUAAUUUUCAUCACUCAAUCAGUUGAUUCCGCCAACAAUUAACUGUAACAAUUAAGGAUUAAUGAAUAAUAAGAUUUGCAAUUGGAUUGUAAUUUCGUGAUCAGAGGAUAUUCUGAAAAUCCCAAUGUUGAUUCUUAUUGGAAAAGAAAAAUCCGUAAAAGUUAUUGAUAAAAUUUCCUCUGGACUCUGGUAAUUCCAAUACCUCUGAAUAUGAGACAAUUGUCGUGAUAAAUAAAUGUAACAAUCAACUAAACUUAUUCUUGCAGGUUGAAUAACCAAAUGAAUUGUGGGUUAGCAUAAAAAUGACAACAAAGGGAGUUAAAGUGAAAGAAACAACAAUAAUAACAACUGAUAAGGUAUCGAGCUCAUCAUCAUCAUUAUCAUCACCCACACUAACAUCAACAGCAUCAUUAUCAUCAACUGUAAACCAUAAUACUUAUUGUAUUGAACAGCAACAACAACAAUAUCAAGCUCACAUAUCAUCACCCUUAUUACCAUGGAAACAUCAUCAUCAUUCCCAGUCUCCUGCUCAUCAAGAAGGAUCAUCUCGGUUGAAACUCAUCUCAGUUACCGGACAUGUUGUUUCCAGUGAACAUAAAACUGUUGAUGAAACGAGUUAUCGUAAUUUCAACUGUUUACCUCGUGUCAAAGUACAAACCAAAUCAAAUGUUAAUCAGUUUGUUAUCAAUGCGAAAAUGAGUAAAGAUCAAAGUGGUUCAUCACCUUCAACAGCUAAACCAACGGCUACAGUUAAAGGUACAUCAACUGUUACAAAUGAACAGAAAUCACCUUCAAGAAUCAGAGGUGGAGGUGAAAGUUCAUCAGCAUCAAUGGUAAAUAAUAAUAAUAACAAUUCAUCUCACAAUAAUUUACAACAGCAAAUCAAAAGUGAACCGAGUGUUGCUAAGGUUUCACCAAUUUUACAAUCAAAACGAGCCAAUAAUGAGAACAAUAAUAAUAACAAUAUGGUUGAUUUACAUGUAAAUGAAAUCAAUGAUAAACAAGUGAACAACAUUGAUUUGAAUGGUGAUUGUUUAAAAAGUGAUGAAGAUAAUUGCAAUGUUAAUAUUGGUUCCAAUGAUGAGAAUGGUAGUACUAAAAAUGGUAAUAACAAUGACGAUGAUCAACUAUUAUCAACCGCUUCUUUUGGGGUGAAACCUUUGGGACCAUUGAAAAUCCAUGAAACGGGUAAUUAUGGUCUAAAUGAUCUUUAUUGUUCUCAGGCCAAUUGUUUUGAAAAAAGUCGCCGAAAUCGGUCUGAUUGUGGUCGAAGAAAUUGUCGUUUACCUUCAAGAUCAUCGUCAACCGGUCCAGGUAAUCAUCAUUCCCAUCGUUCUCAUCGUCGAGAAGACUCCUGUUCAAGGUCACCAUGUUAUCGAGGAUCGUCUGGAGGAUCACCAAGAAAAUGUCGAAGACCAAAAUGUGAUUCCAAUAACAGUUACAUGAUUGACAAUAACAACAAUUCAAUCGAGGACAGUUUCGAUGAUACUUCUUCAUUGUCCUCUGAAAGUGUAACCACCACCGCGACCACAACCAGUUCAUCCUUGAGUUCAUCCACUUAUGGUGAUAUACCAGGAAUUCCUGUGAAUCAUUCAGCAAUUAAAAUAAUCUCUUCAGGAUCAAAUAAGACGAGUGCCAAUCAUCAUCAUCAUCAGAAUAAAUUAUCAUCUUCCCCAUCAAAACAUCACCAACAACAACCGAUUCAUCAUAAAUCCCCAAAAUCAUCUUAUCGUAAUGUUAAUUCAAACCAAUCAAUGUCGAAUGAUUUGAAUCGAUCAACAAUUAAUCAACCGGUCACACCGGCCACUCCAAUCCACUGUCAGGUGAUAAGGUCACCGAGGAAAUCAGCCAAUGUUAAGAAAACCGAUUCUUCCAUUCAAACGGAAUCAUCGGCAUUAUCAGGUCGAUCGGUUGAUCCCGUUCACCAUCAGCACGGUCACCAUCAUCAUAGAGACAAUUCAAUUCCAAGUUCACAGUUACCUGUGUGGAAAAAGUAUCUUCAUGAUCAGCAUAUUGUCAUGAAACCGAAUACAAUUUCACCUUCAAGUCAGUCCAAUGUACCUGUUGGUGGGGUGAAUGGUAAAGGUAUCGCGAUGAGUUCAGGUUCGAGUGGGAACAAGUUGACCAACGAUUCAUAUUCAAUGUCUAAUCUAAAAUAUCCCGGAAGUAAAGGAUGUUCAUCUUUGGGGUAUAUUGGAAAUAGUCUGAGUGGGUCGAGUACAAUUGGAUCACCUUAUUCACAAAAUAUUUCCAAUAGCGGUAAUAACAAUAGUAAAGCGAUCGCCGUUAUAAGAGCAACAUCAGCAGCGACUACUGGAAGAAUACCUAAUCAGGUUAAAAGUUAUUCUUCGGGCUCAAGAUUAAAAGGAACGGGUAAAAAUGGUUCUUCUUCCACCAGUGGUUCAUCUCCUUAUUCUUAUUCGGAUGGAAUCUAUUCUGACACUGAAUACAUGAUGUCCAAACGAUCGGCAUCAUCGGCAUCAAAUUAUAUUAAUGGUAAAUAUUCCUAUUUAACUUCACCGGUUCGGAUCCGAGGUGGGUCGAGCAAUCCUCGGUCGAUUGGGGGUAAUGUAAAUUCAGGUAAUUCGGGACCUUCAAGUUUGCCCUAUGGGUCAUCGGAAAUCCCUUCGGAAUGGUUAGCUCGAGAUAACAGUGGCUAUGGUCAGAUAUUAAGUCCAUGGUUACAGAGAAAUGGAUUUGGACUCCAGCGAAAUGCAUUGACGGAAGCGGAAAGUAUGGAAAGUCUUCAAGGUAAUGGAGGCUCUGGGAGUGGGUUUCAAGGAGGAAGGGGUGACAGUCGAUUACACGGUGGAUCCAAUGGAGAUAAUUUAAUCCAUCCCCGGCGAUCAAAUUCUGUUACUCCCAAAAGUCAUACCAAUCCAAGUGAUCUCACAUCGACUCCAAGUCGAUUACCAAUGACACCUAAUCGAGGUAAAUUGCGAGGCUCAGGAGGGUCAAUAUUGUCCAGUCCCAGUCUUGGAAGUGAUUUAACAAGAAAAGCAAUUGAGAAAGAAGGUGAUCUUUACUCAUCGGCACUUUCCCUCGUUUCCAAUGCAACCGUUUUCACCAAAGUUGAUGACAAACACAAUCUAGAGGUUCGUAAAUUGAAACGUGAUCUCGAUCAAGCAAAUGAAAAGGUUGUCACCUUAACAUCUCAAUUAAACACCAAUGCUCAUAUGGUCACUGCUUUUGAACAAUCAUUAUCAGCGAUGACAUCUCGUCUUCAACAGUUAACUUCCAUGUCUGAAAGGAAAGACGCAGAGCUGAAUCGACUUAGAACUAUGAUCGAUGAGAUCGCUUAUCAUAAUGGCUCAGGGAAAAAACGAGAUACGAAUGAUCUUGGUGAAGGUUCACCAGGAAAAAAGGGAGAAAAGAAGAGUAAAGAAAAAAAGUCUUCCCUUCUCAUACGAAGACACACAUUUGCUUCGGUCACUUCCGAUGAAUUGAAACCACAUUUACCUCGUCAUCGAUCAAAAGAUUCCGUGUCCAGUUCAUCUGAUCAUGAAGUCAAACUGUCCGGAAGUAAGAGUGGAACCAGCGGAAGGAAGAAAGAUCGUAAAUACUCAGCUGAUACAAUUGAUUCUCAAGGGGGUGUUCCAGUUCAAAGUUCCAAGGGUUGGCUGAGAAAUUCACUGACCAAAGCUUUUCGUAAAUCGAAAAAUGGUUCAAAGUGCCAUGGGUCAAUUUCGGACGCAGAGAUAUUGUCAAUGGGAGGUGGGAUUAAUAUUAUCAGAGGAAAUGGUUGUGCUUUGGUUGAUUCUUGCUCAGUUCCUAGUUCACCGAUGAUGACUCUUAAAUCGUACAGAGAUUUAUCUUCCGAUGGACCUGAUCAUCUAGAAGGUGAAAUGGUUGAUGGAUUAAAGCAACAAUUAAGAGAGAAGGAGAAAGCGUUAACUGAUUUAAGGUUAGAAGCUUUGACAGCAGCUCAUCAAUUGGACAAUUUGAAAGAGAUGGUCAAUAAGAUGAGGAAUGAAAUGAUGUCACUUAAACAGGACAAUGAUAGAUUACAAAGGUUGGUGAUCACAAAAUCUUUGGCCUCGUCGAAAAGCUCAGUGCUCAGUGGGUCGGGAAGUGGUGGUACUGGUGGAAAUGGGGCCAAUGGGUUAUCGCCAAAUGGUGAUAAUAGUCACCAUCAUUCAGGACAUUCUCAUAAUUCAUCGAUUCAACUAACUGAUCUCGAUGAUACUCUACUUGAGGGUGGACGAAAAGUGUCCAUCCUUUUAGGUUCACCUUCACCAAAUGGUAAUAAUGGAACUGGUAAUGGUCUGAUUAUUGGAACUGCGAUCGUUUCACCAGAGACAACAUGGGGAAUUCUUGAUGCUCUGGUUCGAAAAACAGUCCAAGACUAUUUAGAUCGAAUUGAUCCUGAUCGUAAUCUUGGCCUUUCUCUGGAAUCGAUAUCUUUCUAUGAGGUUGGUUCAGAACGUCAAUUACGAAAUUUACGAUCAUCUUCAUCAUCUUCACCGGAAUUGUUACCAUUUGGUUAUAUUGUCAAUGAAUCAAUGAUCAAAUUAGGCUGUAGAUCUUAUUUGGAAUCGUUUGUCUUUGAAUCGCUAAUCCCUAAAAACAUAAUCCAAAGAUUUGUUAAUCAACUUCACGAGCACAAGCGACUAAUCCUUUAUGGACCAUCAGGAACCGGAAAAACUUAUUUAGCCUCAAAACUGGCUGAAUAUCUGGUGGUCAAGAUUCAGAAAGGUGAUCGGUCAAGUAAAGGAAGCUAUGAUUCUGGUGAAGGUGACGAUAGUCUAGUUGACCUUAUACCUCCGGGAUCGAUCGCAACUUUCAACAUUGAUCAUAAAUCAGCCAAUGAACUUAAAUCUUAUCUUACCUCGAUUGGUGAACAAUUAGAAUCAUCAUGCGAUGAUUCAUCGAAUGAUUUACCAACAGUUAUCAUAUUGGACAAUCUUCACCAUGUUAGUUCAAUUGAUGAUCUAUUCAAUGGUAACACAACUUCACAUAAUAAAAAAUUUCCCUUCAUGAUAGCCACAAUGUGCCAAAGCAAUUCAAGUUCCCCUAAUCUACAAUUAAACCACAAUUUCCGAUGGCUAUUAUGUGCCAAUCACAUGGAGCCAGUUCGUGGUUUCUUAUCCCGUUACCUGAGGCGUAAAUUGGUCACUUUUGAAAUUAAUUCUGGUUCAAUUGAUUUAACCAUUCCAACCAAUAUGAUUACCAUAAUUGAUUGGAUUCCAAAAGUUUGGAAUCAUAUUAAUCAUUUUCUUGAAGUUCAUCAUUCAUCUGAUGUAACUUUAGGUCCGAGUUUAUUUAUCACUUGUCCCAUUGACUUGGAAUCAUCUCAAUCUUGGUUCAAUGAUCUUUGGAAUUACUCAAUUCAUCCUUAUCUAAUCCAAGCGGCCAGGGAUGGAUUACAGAAAAAUGGAUUAAGAAGUCCAUUUGAAGAUCCAACUAAUUGGAUAAUUAAAACUUAUCCUUGGAAACAAUCAGUUGAUUUACCUCUGAAUGCAACAUCUACAACACCUACGACAACAACAGGUCUAGUUGUCGAUGAGAAUGGAUUUGAUAAUCUGAUUAAUCUUAAUCCAAUUAAACUUGAUGAUAUUCAACCUUAUCCGGGAUUAACAAUAUCCUCACCGAUUUCAGACCCACUUUCCGAUAUGUUACUCCGUCUUCAAGUGGCCACAAGUGCCAAUGAAGAUUCAGAUACAAGUGGACUUGGUGGUCAACCUAAAGAAACUGAUUCUAGUUAAUCAAAUCUAAUUGAAAUGGAUUAACAAAAAAUUAACCCAAACACCACAACAUUAGGAUCUCAUUUGAUUUUAAAUUUUUAAAUUGUUCUUACAAACCGAAGCCGAAAUACAAAACUAAGUCAACAAUCAACUGAUUUAAUUUUUUUCCCCAAUCAAAAUUGAUUGAAUUUCAUCUCAUAUCAUCUAAUUAAAUCACAAUGGAAAAAGCAAGAAAUUAAUUAAUCAACAUCGUUUGUAAUUCACUUUGUUAAAUGUUCAUUUUUUUGUAUCUAAGAUGGAAAAACUUUUUUUCUAAUUCAUGUCUUCACAAUUUCAAUUGUCAUUCAACAAUCAAUUUUAAUAUAAAAACAAUUUUCCAAACAA